CCUGAGAAACUUCAUCGGCUGCACUUCUACAUAUCAUUUGUGCUUUUUGUUGAUAAUAUCAUGAAUUAAUUUUGAAGAGCAUGCUCCACAGGACUUAGCCCUUGUACUCUUUACAGUGUUUUUCACUUGACUCAGAUGCACAUGCAUGAGUGUCAAAGUCAAGUGAAAAAGUGUCUAACUGAAGUGAAAAGCACUGCAAUGCUAUUACUCCUGACAUUCUUUUCUUGGCUCUCUACAAAAGAGCUUCUCUUAUGAGAUUAUCUGGAGGCAGUGAUCUCAUGCCAUGCAGUUUGACCAUUGGAAUGUUUCAAUUGGUUCUCCUUGGAAUCCUUUGCUUGAGGCUCUGGACCUAGUGAACCUAGAUCGAACCCAAAGAAAUGGAUGUCUUGCGGCCUGAGUUGCUCUGGGUGAAUGGGAGGUGUUACCGGAAGAACCCAGAGCUAUCCACAGACACGUCAAUGGGACCUGUCGAUGAGGCACCUUUCAUCCCUGUCCCUGAUGAGAGUGGAUAUGAGGAAGAAGAUUUUGAUGUCACAGAGAGAAGGAACGGGGAGUUCUGCGCCAGGCUGCCUGUCCCACCUGACUUCUACAGCUACAUCAUUGGGACCAAGGGCACAACGCGGAAGCGCCUCGAGACUGAGACCCAUGCACACAUAAAGGUCCCCAGGGCCGGUCAAGGAGCAGACAUUGAGGUGAUAGGGAGCAAUAGAAGCUCAGUGCUGUCGGCGUGUCGGCGGGUGAUGAUGCUGUCUGACACGAUGCGGCAGAGGACUCAAUUCACUCACUUCCUCUCCUUUCCUAUUAACUCUGAGCCUGUGAAGAAGGCAUUCCUCCAAUUCAAGAACCCAGGAAAGCUGCACCUAACUAUCGGGACACUGGUCCUCCUUGACGAGCGAGAGCGGAGCAUCGCAGCUGAGGCCCUCCAGGCUGCUAUGUCAUCUGUUAUUCGACCCCUGCUGGAGGGCAAAGGCUUGGAGAUCCAAGUCAAAGGUCUCGAGUACCUGAAUGAUGAUCCAGGGGAGGUGGAUGUCCUUUAUGCAAAGGUUGAACCGGUCUCCCAUGAUUCCAACGUCCUUCAGGACCUCGCUGACUCCCUUGUUGCUCAUUUCCUCCAUUCUGGUCUGAUGCAGAAGCAGCACGACAGGGUGAAGCUGCACAUGACGCUGAUGAAUACGCUCUUCCGCAUUGAGGAGGGGGCUGCUGACUCUGGAGUGCCAGGGACUGGUCGGAAUCAGAGACCCCGGGUUUCCUUUGAUGCCAGGCCCAUCUUGCAAAGAUUCAGAGACAGAGAGCUGGGCAGACACAUGAUCCAAGAGCUGCAUGUCUCUGUGAGGCACUCCACCACCCCAGACGGGUACUACAAAGCCUCAGCCAAGGUCUCCCUCUGACCUCUGCAUCCCCCUUUGCCAAAAUCUCGCCCUUGCGUCUGCGAUGCUCUUCAACAGCGACUGUGAUUGCUUGGUGGAUCUCGAGAUCCACUGUUGUGUGAUUGGUGGUAAGAUGUAACAGGCUCCCUUAUAAGAUUGCAUCUAGAUGUUUGUGUCCCAGUGAUUGCCUUAAUGAACUUGUCUGUUUUCAUUAUUGUGGCUGUGAAAUGGAUGGAAAAUGGACAUGAAGAAAAUCCACCUGAUAUGAACCAA